AUGUAUGACCCUUUCGCCUUCACCUUCAUCCCGUCCACCACCAAUGGAAAUGCCAAUGACAAUCAGCUCGUUCGUCGCUUCCAAUCUGAUACUCUCCUCGCAGCGCUCUUGAAUACCAAAGAGCUCACAAAGGAUAUCGAUCUUUCGCUCUUGGGUAUGGACGAGGAGGAUCUGAAAGCUGCGACGGAGGAUGCCGCGACUAAGGACGCCACGCCUAAGGGUAACGCGUCUAAAGAUAAGGUUCCUGCGAAGGGCACUGCGACCUAA